GCGGGCCAGCUCGGGGCGGGGACUCGCUCCCGCUCCGGCUGCUAAUGGUUUAUUAGAAGGGCGGGGAUAAAAAAUUCCCGCCGGCGCUCUCGGGGUAGGCGGGACGGCUCGCCUCUGCGCGUCGCUCCACUUGUGGGCCGCCGGGGCAGAGCUGCAGUGGGCGGGGUGCCAGUUCCUUCCGCGAAGGGGAAGUGGGCAGGGCUGAUGCGCAGGGCUCCACGGGUGAUUUCGCGGGUUUCUGGCUUUUCCAAAUCCUUGUUUGUUUUCUGGGGGCCGAGCUCCUCUAAGGUCCGGGGGUUUGCGACGUCCCGCGCACGUCAUCACGAAGCUCUGUCAGAGGGUCCCGUUUCCUAGCUACGGUGCCCCUCCCUCCUGGGGGUGAGUAGCAGACGGGCGGGCGAUCUGCGUCAGGUGUCUGCGUCCCGCCGAGGAGACAGAAGCUUAAGUGAAAAUGGUACAUAUUAGAAGACAUGAAACGAGGAAAAAUUCUAAAACUCAAGAGUGUGAACAGAAAUCUCGAGUGGAUUGGAGGCGGACUAAAAGAAGUAGUCUCUCACAAUUAUGUGAUAGUGAUGAUGAGCUUGACAGUGAUGAGGAGCUUGAUAGUGAUGAAAGUGUUGACAAUAAUGAAAGUGUUGACAGUGACGAAGAACCUGAUAGUAACAAGGGGCUUGAUAGUAAUAAGAAGCCAGAAAAUGAAGGAGAGCUUAAAUUAAUUGAAGUUGAAAGUGAAGGAAACAGUAGUAAGCAUCUCAUUAACACUGGCAACAGUUCGACAUACGAAGAAGAAAAGAACAAAACCAAACAUGGAAGUAUUGACUUACCAGAUCAUGAAAAGCAUUCAGGUCAAGAGGAAGAUGAUCUCAACAAACACUCUGGACAAAUACCAGAGGAAGAUUUAGAAGAAGAACACAUCAAGCGAGGGAAGAGAAAAAGGAUCUCCUCUGUGAUGUACGACAGUGAUGAAAGUGACGACAGUGAUAUCCUAGUUAGAAAAGUGGGCGUUAAACAUCCGCGUAGAGUGGUUGAAGAUGAAUGUUCUUCAGUGGAGAUGGAGCAAAAAGAACCUGAAAAAACUUUAGCCACAAGAAAGCGAGAACAGCUCCAGAAACUGCAAGACCUCUCAAAACAGAGAUCUCGUCAGAGACGCAGUAGUAGUAGAGAUCUUGAGGACUCUGAAAAGAAAUCCUGCCCAAGCAGUGAUGAAAAUGAUGAUGAGGAGGAGGGGGAGGAGGAAGAUGAUUAUGAAUAUGAUGAAGAUGGAGAUGAUUAUAUUAUUGAUGACUUUGUAGUGCAAGAUGAGGAGGGUGAUGAAGAGAAUAAAAGCCAAGGAGGAGAAAAAUUGACUACAUCACAACUGAAAUUAGUAAAACAGAAUUCUCUUUAUUCUUUUAGUGACCACUAUACUCACUUUGAAAGAGUUGUGAAGGCUCUUCUGAUCAAUGCUCUAGAUAAAUCUUUUCUGGGAACAUUAUAUGAUGGCACCAGGCAAAAAUCAUAUGCACAAGAUAUGUUGACAUCUCUUCAUUAUUUGGAUAACCGCUUUGUUCAGCCUCGUCUAGAGAAUUUAACCUCUAGAAGUCGUUGGAAAGAGCAAUAUAAGGAGCGAGUAGAAAAUUAUUCUAAUGUAAGUAUCCAUUUGAAGAAUCCUGAGAACUGUUCCUGCCAGGCUUGUGGAUUGCAUCGCCACUGUAGAUAUUCGGUGCAUUUAUCAGGAAAGUUAUAUAACACCAGGACUAUGGAAAUAGAUGAUUUCAUGUCACAUGAUAAACAGGUGUUUACUGUUGGCAGAAUUUGUGCUAAUCGUACCAGAAUUUACCAUAAUCUGAAACAUUUUAAAUUCAAGCUGUACGAGGAAUGUUGCUCCAUUGCAAAGACAGAAGAGGUUGAAGAUGAACAGGUUAAAGAAGCAGUGGAGAGAAUUUUCAAUCAGUCAAAAGAAAAUGGCUGGAUUAAGGAGAACAGUUCUUGUGACCUGAGAGAGAAGAAGCACCUGGUGCCAAUCUGAGGAAAGGAUCUCGGCUGCCAGUUCUAAUACCACCCACAUCCUCUUCUUGAGGACAUGGGACUGAGCAGUGAGCACUGUAACUGAAGAUCAAGGGGAAUGCAGAGGUUUCAGGCCACGGCACUGAUUUUGAUUCCCCCAUAUCCUGUUGAUCACUAAAUUUGAUAUCAGGGAUAAAGUGGGGGUUUUGAAGAGUGCACUGGAUUCCCGAAGAUCUGCUGGCAGCUCAUAAGCUCUGGUCUGCUCACAGAGCUUUUAGAAUUGUUACGGUGCAUGGAAAGAAUGCUAAAAUGAUUGCAAUCUUCUAAAACAAGUCUAGUUACAUGACUGUAUAAGAGAGAACAGAUAAGAGAUUUUCAGGCAACUCAGAUCAACAGUAUAUUUAAUCUUAAAAAAAAAAAAAAGGCUGACUUGAGAUCCAUUGCCUGCGUUAUUUACAUCAUAGGGAAAUUUGUAAAAGCGAAAAAUAAAAAGAGAGCUUAGAGAAUAAACUUACGAGCAAAGGGCAAGAAAAUGAGAACAACAAAACAGGAACUUCUUAGGACAUUACAAGUUCCACAGAGGUCUCCUGGGCUGGUGAAUGACAUCAAGAUUGGUUUCCCUUUUGACAAUUAUCCGCCCACCACAAACCACCACCCAGUGAUCUCCUUGCCUGCCCCCCACAUCUUGACCCUUAAGUCGUCUUGUUCUCAUUUUUCUCUCUUCAGCUUUUUAUCUUUUACUUUGCUUCCACUUCUCUCACUCCCAAUUCUUUCCUCCUUAUCCUUCUCUGUGCUUUUUCAUUUGCCUUGGGGAAGAGCCAUCACUUACCCAGUAAGUCCCAACUUCAUUUUCCUUAAUGGCAUUAAAUUCUUAAGUGCUUUUAUUGAUGCAUUUAAGUGUUGCCAACCUUCUACUGGAGUUGAAAGACCUAUUGGAACGCUACAUUUUAAAAAAAAAUUAUGUACUAGGUGUAGCAAAAUCACUGUGCAUUACAUAUAUUAUAUAAUAAUUUUGUAUAUAGGGAAGAACAUUAAACUUCUUGCAGAAAAAAGUAAAAGCAUUUCCAAAUCACAUACCUUAGAGAAGGCUUAACAAGGUCUAUGACAACAGAAGGGACCUGGAAUAAAAAAAUAUUCUUAAGAAAAGAAAGCCAAGUAUCACAUUAUGCUUAAAGAAUAACACUUAGCAUUGGGCACUGAAGGUAUUUCAAGAUGGUGCAUGUUUAGGACAAUGUGCACAUUUUUUUUCACAUAAAAUACCAAAGAACUUAAUUUUCUUUUUGAGAUCCCUCCUACUUUAAAAAAAUUGUCUAUAGACUUUCUCAAAAGAUUUCCUAGAAACCAAAGAAGUUUAUUAGCCAAUAUAAACCCAUAUGCAGCUUUUUGUGCUGUGAUUAAACUUCAGGAUUUAUCAAGUACCCUGACAUUUCUCAACAUCACUCUGCCUCCCCCUCAGUGUGUGUGUGUAUGUGUCUUUGAGUAAUAGCACUACAUGUGUUCUUGUGAUGCAUGACUUCUUCUUGGCCACAGUUAUUCUAACCCUUUAGAAUGCCUGGGCUCAGUGCUACUAUGCUUGAGUGGCCACAUCCAUGGCUGUUUCUGCUCUUAGCUCUCAAUUAUUAUGUGAACCCCUUCUUUUACCUUACACAAACUAUCUGUUCCUGUCUUUCCUCCCACAGCUUGUGUUUCACACCUUGCUUUUUUCCUUACCUGACUCUUCUUCCUCUGAGCAUUUUUCUUCCAUUAUCUCGGGAUAUCUCAGCAUUUCUUCCCAAAGACCUGCGAACUAGACUAACUUCAUUCUUCUUAUUCUUCCUCCUAACAGUUGAACUAGGAGAUCUGUUUUUAACUAAUGAUAUUAAAAG